UCGCGUGCUUUACACACCAGGAACAGGAAGUGAUGGACUGUUAUGAAGAGUGAGUUUUGGAAUACAGUCACGGUUCGGAAGGUGCUUCUUCAAACAUGUAUAUCUUCCAGGUGACUGCGUUAUUGAUAGCGUUGCUAUAUUAUGGCAAUGCUCAAACGUCUACUGUCGCUGUGAACCCCACCAUCCUGGGUUCAGAGCUGAGCGCAGACGGAUUGAAGCAGCUCGCUGCGAUAGUGGCGCCGCAGUCGCCCGUGUUUCACCCUAGCCGCGGUUCCUAUUUUUCUCUCAAUCUGUUGUCGGCGUUUCCAGAAGAUCUGGAGGUCAGCGAUUACUGCGUCGAGCUGCUGGCUAUCUUUGGGCAGCGGUAUUCAACAUAUGUGAAUUGUUUGGUGUCCGCCGCGCGUCCUGUCAAAGUGUGCCAAAAUUGUUAUGGUUCCUACGACAACCUUAUGGACAUUUACACAAACAUAUCAUCAGACCAGAUGGGCCCAGGGAAUGUGAGCUGCAGAGACAGCCUCCUGCGUUCUGAUAGGCUGAUGUUGGUGUUCCUGCUCUACAACAACAUGGAGGACAUCUGGACUGGUUCAGAAUGUAACAGUUGUGUAAGCCUGGGACUUCACAGCCUGACCAAUGACACCCUUUACUUCAUGGCCACUCUCAACCAGUCCCUCAGAUGUUUUGAGAAGUUCCAACAGGGGAACCACUCAGCGCUAUGUAAGGAGUGCAAGGCCACAUACAGAGGACUGAAUGAGCUGUACAGCCGCAUGGAGAAGAAUCGCACACUCUGCAUAGACAUCGAGGACUCGAUGAAUAUGACCCGCAGACUGUGGAGCAAGAAUUUCAAUUGUUCCUUCCCCCGGGCAGAGAAUGUUCCUGUCAUCGCCGUGUCCAGCUUCAUGCUCUUUCUGCCCAUCAUCUUCUACUUGAGCAGUUUCCUUCACUCGGAACAAAAGAAACGCAAGCUCAUACACCCCAAACGAGCCAAGUCCAACACCAGCCUCGUGAACAUCCAGGACAGGUUAAGCUGAGGAGAGAGAAGGAUAAGGAAGAAAGCAUAAUGAUUAAGAAAUGGAAGAGGAUGAGGAGGAAUGUUCCUUUGGUUUGUCCAAAACCUCUCCUGGAUGCAAAUGUAAUUUCCUCUGUGACUGUGGUUUCAACCAGUUCUGUAAUGACAGAGAAGUCAAAAAGAGCUCCCCCUGUGGGCGAGAAGGAUGCCAAUCAUUAGUAUUUAUUUUCCUAAGAUAUUACAGCAAACGGAAACAACGGAAUAUUUGUAACAGAAGAUUAGUUAUAAUUGCACUGUUCAUCUCCCGCUUUGAACCGCCUACCCCCACCCCACCCAUUGCUUCUACAACAAAAUACACACAAUAGAAAUGUACCAUGACUUGCUGCUGAUUUAUAAGCAAUGGGGAGUUAGUCUUUUUUUUUUGUAUUUAGUUAUGUGUCAAGAGAUGAGAAAUGGAUUUUGUCUCUACUGUAAUGCCGCUGUGACACAGACUGGCAGACAGAAAGCACUUGAUGUCUCUUAGAUGUGACAUAUACCUACCGUGUAAAAGUGGAUGACAGCUGAGAUGGAGAGAAUCUUUUAAAAUAUAUAUACAGUCGGGUCCAAAAUUAUUGGUCACAUUUGGGAAAGAUGAGCAAAAAAGACUAUCAAAUAAAUAAUACAAAUGUUCUGUAUUGCAUGCAAAAAAAUAUAUAAAUGAUAUUCAUUUACUAAUACAAUUGCUCAGA